AUGGUCCUCUCUCAGCCAGAGAAUAAACACGUCACCAAGGCUUUUGACCUUACGGGCAAGGUUGCUGCUGUUACGGGAGGCGCCCGUGGAAUCGGACUAGAAGUUUCCAAGGCCUUUGCCGAAGCCGGUGCCAACGUCGCCCUAAUCUAUAACACCUCCUCCACAGCCAGCGCAACAGCCACCGAAAUCGCCAGCGCAAACAACAUCAAAGCAGCCGCGUACCAAGCCGACGUCGCCAACCAAGAAGCCAUCGAAAAGACCAUCCAGCAAAUCGCGUCCGACUUUGGGCGGCUCGACAUUGUCGUCGUCAACUCUGGUAUCGUGUCCGCGAUCGCCGCGGAGGAUUACACAGCACAGCAAUGGAGUGAGAUUAUGAAGGUGAAUCUGGACGGGGCGUUUUAUACGGCUCAGGCAGGGGCGCGGAUAUUCAAGGAACAAGGGUUUGGGAAUGUGAUUUUUACGGCGUCGGUUAGUGCGACGUUGGUUAAUGUUCCUCAGAAGCAGGCUGCUUAUAACGCCUCCAAAGCCGGCGUCGUCCAGCUCGCAAAAUGCCUCUCCGUCGAAUGGGUCGACUUCUGCCGGGUGAACUGCAUUUCCCCCGGUUUCAUCGCGACGGAUAUCCUCGAUAUCCACCCGGCGGAGUGGAAAGAGAAGUGGUUUGAUAUGAUUCCGGCUAAGCGGAUGGCUCAGGCGUAUGAGCUUAAGGGGGCUUAUGUUUUCUGUGCGUCUGAUGCGUCGAGCUAUAUGACCGGUGCGAAUCUGGUUAUUGAUGGUGGGUAUACACUUCCGUAGAUAUAGACUGGUAGAUAGACUGUAUAAAUGCUAUUCGAAACCUGGUAACUGGUUCAUAAAGUCUAAUAUUGUUGAUUCUUGUAAAAUCGAAUCAACACCAUCCAACUGCGCCAUCUCUAGC